UACUUAUCGUGGUUGCUUUGGUUACGGCUUAAAUCCGGAAGUGGCUCUAUAGAAACAUUUGUUUGAAACAUGGCUGUGCAGAGCUGGAGUGAUGUCCUAAAAUCGUCAAAGAAAACGGCUUUAAUACAUGAUGGAAAAAGGAAGAUCCACUACCUCUUCACAGAUGGAAAAGAAAUGGCAGAAGAAUAUGACUUGAAGACAGAUGAGCUCAUUGUGAGAAAAUGGCGCCAUAAAAGCACGCUUGGAGUUCAGGGCUCGUGGUUGCUCGAGGUUGGGGAGUCCCUUGCAGGCCCUGUUGCAUCUUUGGAGUCUGAUAUGAUCAAAGAGAACAGCUCAAAUCCCGUGUUCAUGCGUAAAGACACAAAGACCAGCUUUCAGUGGAGGAUACGCAACCUUUCCUACCCCAAAGAUGUCUUCAGUGUUUCACUGGAUCACUCUGAGAGAUGCAUCAUCAUCAAAACCUCAAACAAAAAGUAUUACAAGAAGUUCAAUAUUCCUGAUCUCGACCGCAGUCAGCUACCAUUAGACGACUCCGCGCUAAGCUUCACUCAUGCCAACAACACUUUAAUUGUUAGCUACAAGAAACCCGAAGAGAUCUUAACCUUUGAACAAGAGCUACUGAAGGAGCUGAAAAAGCUAAAGGGGAGUGCUGAGGGGGACGUCGACUGCAAAACCCAGUGAAUUCUGACUGUGGGAGCCAGGGAAUAAUUCUGGGUUGCAUUUAGAGCAGAACCUCGCAGCAUCAUUUUCCAGUCACGUAUGAGCUCUCAUUUAUUUCUUCUGUACUUAAUCCCUUCAUUAAGAUUCGCUGUGCCUUGUCCCUUAGCUUAAUGUCUAAUUGUCUUAAUUAAUUUGGUGGAAUUAUAUGUCUGGAAAUGUGUCCAGCCAUUUAUGUUUGAUACAGUGAUAUUUAGUAAAAUAUAUUAUUAGUAGAUUUAAAAACUUUGUUUUUUGUUUUUUGCCCAAAUUAAUUUGAUUGACAAAAAAUAAUGUCAGAAUCUGUUUUUGCUUCUUUUUUCCAAACCUACUGUGGAGCAGUUUUGUUGGGGGGUCACAUAACCUACCAGCCUCCUUCCAUUGAUGUCCUUGUAAAACACUCAAAACACACAAGGCUUCAUCCCUGUUCGUUCCGAGGUCACAGUUACGAGGACAUCCCAUUUGUGUUAAAUGAAUACCCUCAUGUUCCUUGUAUGUAGUGGGCCACCCUGAAAGCCAUUACUGAAACUUGCGUUACCAUUUUCCUUUACAAGAGAAGGCGAUUCUGACUUAGUGGUCUAUGUCCAAAGUGCCGUAGGCAUAAGUAAGAAUUAGAUGCAACUGUUUUUGCAGAGCUUUAUUUCAAAUUUCUAUGAAGUUUUUGUUUGUUUGUUUGUUUAACGUGAAGGAAUGUGAAGCUGAGAUUUUAUAUCUUUGAGAAACUGAAAUGUUUGUAUACUGUAUGCUGAAUAAGGUUUAUUAAAGUUGGAUAUUUCUCUA